CUAAAAGGUUGAAAGGGCUAUCAAUCACCCAAAAUCAAUUCUAUUAGCUGUUACCUCUUGCAACUAUUAACAAGAAACAUUUCACAACUCGCAACACGAACAUUUGUCAUCGUCUAGCAUCUGGACGACCUUUCACAGGAUAAUCCGGGCAACUUUGUAAUAAUGGCAACAAGCGUAUCGUUUCAACCCCGAUUACCCGCUAGGAUUCAAUUUCGAUGUCAUACACCAAGGCAGUUCAUUCCAGUCCGGCGCAUGACGGCGGUACAUGCCUUCAGGCGCCGCGACUUUGACAUGUUAGCGGAGCGAAUAACCUCCAUCGAUACUUGGAAAGCCGCGUGGCGGCGAGCUAAUGACGGCUUCGAGAAUUUUGUCUUCGAGACGAAGAAGACAGCUGAGAGAAUCGACCGUAGAUACGGUCUGGUGCAAAGGCUCUCUGCCGCAGCUGAAUCAACUACUUACCGUGCCCGUGAGAUUGACCGCGAAUUUGAGAUAACUAGUCGCUGGCGCACCUUCACUUUCGAUUUCAGGAGAAAUUUGCCGAUGUACAAGAAGACGCUGAAGGACUUUCUGGAUACUCCUUUAGGAAAAACGUUGGGGACAGGCGUCUUCAUUUGGUUUGCUGUAUCGGGAUUGUUAUUUCGAUUUCUGGUAUUUGGAAUUUUGGUCUUGCCAAUUGCCGCUCCUCUUCUUGCAGGGCUUGUAGCUAAUACUCUUGUAAUUAAUGGAGAAUGCCCGGCUUGUAGAAGGCAGUUCAUUGGAUAUAAAAUGCAAACGAUUUGCUGCACUAGUUGUGGAAGCAUUGUAUGGAAGCCACAAAGUGAUUUUUUUUCCAAAGGCAGUCGACGUACCAAGUCUUCAAAGUCACAGCCAGAUGUUAUUGAUGUUGAGUUUGAAGAGAAAUGAAAAGUGGCCAAUUCACCUGAUAUGGUUUGUCUACAUGUGGAUACAUAUAUUACAAUAUAACAAAAAAUGAUGUUAUUUGAGUUAGUAUGUUGUAGUUUUUAUCCUAUGGUUUCCUUUUUUCCCUUGUAAGUUAGUUCUGUUUGGGAUGACUUAUAAAAAAAUCCAUUUACUACUUUUUUUAAACGCCAAUUUGGUGCUUUAUUAAUUGACAACUCAGAAAAAGGCUUUUUACCCUAUAAAAGGUAAAAAGUUAAUGAUUUUCAAUUCAAUAAAAUCAUCUUUGUUUCAGUAAUAGAUCGAUAUAUGUUGCUUUGGAAGUUUUGAUAAAUGCUUUUGUAUGUUCCACAAGUCAUCCCAAACGACGACCUUUUAAACUGGUUAUCCUUCUUCCGUUGACAAGCAUUUAAGAUCAAGGACUAAACUGCCACUCUCCCCCUAUGAUAUCCUCUUUAUCUCUUAAGGGGCUUCAGGUACUUGGAAUGUAAGGUAAUGAAAUUAUCUUUGGGAAGGUAAUGUGAGAUUAUUAGA